CCUCUCCAGCACUGGCAGCGGUUCUGGUCCCUGAAGACCCCAUCCGAGUGACACAGUGGCACCAUGGAGGCAUCUGGCCCUGUGGCAGGUAUCAUGGUGACUCUCUGCUGCUGCCUCCUGAGCUCGGCGUGGGCUCUGGUCGAUCCCGAUGAUGUUCUCACAAAAGAAGAGCAGAUCUAUCUCCUGGUGGAGGCCAAGGAAAAGUGUCAGAGGGACAUAAAGGCCCAGCUGGAGAAGAUCAAAGACCCCAGCUGCCCUCCGGAGUGGGACGGGAUCAUCUGCUGGCCAAGGGGCUCCCCCAGCCAGGAGGUGUCAGUGCCUUGCCCCGACUACAUCUACGACUUCAACCACAAAGGUCACGCCUACAGGUACUGCAGUGCCUAUGGCACCUGGGCCAUGGCUCUCAGCAUCAACAAGACCUGGGCCAACUACACCGAGUGUGCCCUGCUCUUCUCCUCCGAGAGCCGGAGCCGCCAGAAGGAGGUGUUUGACCGCCUGCACCUCAUGUACACCGUGGGCUAUUCCAUCUCCCUGGCCUCGCUCAUUGUCGCUGUCUGCAUCCUCUCCUACUUCAAGCGCCUGCACUGCACACGGAACUACAUCCACGUCCACCUCUUCACCUCCUUCAUCUGCCGGGCCCUCAGCAUCUUCGUGAAGGACAUGGUGCUCUACUCAGGCACAGCACCCAGCGACACCAACAGGAUGCGGGAGGACGAUUUCAGGGGUCCCUUGCCAGGACAACAGGGCCACCUGGUUGGCUGCAAGGUGGUGGUGACUCUCUUCCUCUAUUUUCUGGCCACCAACCACUACUGGAUCCUGGUAGAAGGUCUCUACCUGCACAGCCUGAUAUUCAUGGCCUUCCUCUCCAACAAGAACUACUUGUGGGUCCUCAUCAUCAUCGGUUGGGGUCUUCCUGCUGUGUUUGUGUCUGUCUGGGCCAGCGUCAGGGCCUCACUGGCGGAUACACAGUGCUGGGACCUCAGUGCAGGGAACAUGAAGUGGAUUUAUCAGGUCCCCAUCCUGGCUGCUGUUGUGGUGAACUUCUUCCUCUUCCUCAACAUCGUCCGGGUAUUGGCCUCCAAGCUCUGGGAGACCACCACGGGCAAGCUGGAUCUCCGGCAGCAGUACAGGAAGCUGCUCAAGUCCACGCUGGUGCUGAUGCCGCUUUUUGGAGUCCACUACGUGGUGUUCAUGGCCAUGCCCUACACCGAGGUCUCCGGGCUCCUGUGGCAGAUCCAGAUGCAUUAUGAGAUGCUCUUUAACUCCUCCCAGGGUUUCUUUGUGGCUUUUAUCUACUGCUUUUGCAAUGGGGAGGUGCAGGCCGAGAUCAAGAAAGCUCAUUUGCGGAGGCUCCAGGCGCUGGACUUGGGGCAGCGGGCGCGCCCCGGGAGCUCCCAGAGCUGCAGCACGAGCCUGGCGGGCCGGGGAGCGGGGGGCACCCGGGGGCUGCUGCUCCCGGCCCGGCCGCGCCUGCCCGGGUACAUCCCCAGCUCCGGCACCUCGGACCAGCUCCUGCCCUGCCCCGCCCAGGAACUGAGCCAGAAACCCCGGGGGGAAAACGUGGUGGAUCUGACAGGCCUGGCUCAGUGUCACCCCAAGCCCAACAAGGAGCUGGAGACGAUGCUGUGAAGCGGAGGGUGGAUUUCCCACCUGGGCACGCAGAUGUGCUGGAACGAUGCUGAUCUCACGCUUCGGGCUCUGCUUACAUUUUAAUGGAGAGCCAGGGCUGGGACAGCAGCUGGAACAACCCGGCUCCCUUUCCGUCAGAGCCGGACCACUGCUCUCGCUCCUCCUCCCCCUGGCCCAAAAACAAGCCAUAAAACCUCAUUCUCCUCCACGUGCAAGCGACUGAUGUGAUCUCUGCUUGCAAAGCCUCCAGUCUUCACCAGGAAACACCUCCGUGCUCUCUCCUAUCCGCCCAAGUAGGAGGUGACUUCUCCACAGUUAAAGCCCAUCCCAUGAGCCCCAUCCUGCCUCGGGCUUCCCUACCCAGCACCAGCUCCGGUCCAGCCUGAGGAGCACAGAGUGCCCGUGGAGCUGCUCUGCAGAUCGUGAUGGAGUGAACACCAACACUCAACCACAAACUGGAGCGGGAGGCAUUGGGACAGGGUGGGAUGAAGGAGGCAGGACAAACUUUACGGCUGGGAAGGGUGCAGGAAAUACCUGGAUCCCCAACAUUUCAUCCAUUAACACAAAGGCCCCUGCAUGCAACAGUCGUGGCCCUGUCAUCUCAUUGCAGGCUAAGAAGUGAAUAAAGAGAGUUUGUCUGGCUUGUUUCCAUCCUUGUAUUCCACCACGGACCCAGCAGCUGGUGGCUGGAGAGCAGCAGUGCAGGAAAGGCUGGAACCCUGUCCCUGCUCCAGCCAGGUCUGCUCUCCCUCUGCCCCCUGCCACAGACAGGAGCCCCAGCAGCCCCUGCCCUGCUCCUGCACUGCCCAGCUGCUCCUCGCCUGAGGGAGAAGGCAUUCCCGAGGAGCUGUGGAGAUGGCAGAUAAAUUAAACAGCAUCUUGGUGGUAGCACAGAGCAUCUUCUUCCUACACAACCCUCAAGGCAGCAAUUUCAUGCUAAAGACAUGAAAGGACCAGGUAAAUAAUUGUGUGCAUUCCUCUAUCUUCCAGUGAAAAACUACAGUGCAAAGCGAGCCAUAGGGAGCUGGAGGGACAGACAGCCAGGAGCCAGGAAGGGAAGAGCUCCAGAAUUCACAUUUUUAAAAUCAUCUUUGUCUCUUUGGAAGACAGCAGCACAGCUGCCACUCCAGGGCCAGAUGCCCUCUCAGAGCAGCUGGAAUGCUGCUCACACUGCUCCCUUGUUCCGAGGGGAUGGAACCAAGCCUGCCACAGACCUCGCACAGGCCCGCAAGCUGACAUUUGUGGCUCCCUGUCACUGAUCAAUAUUUAAUCACUCUCUUCCCAAGAGGCUCCUGGUAGAUGGGAGAGGGGUGAGGAAUUUCAAUAAUCCCACAAGGAGCAGAAAGAAGUGUUAACAAGAAGGGGAGAACCCCCAGCAGAUGCCUCAGACGGGGCUGGUUCCCAGUGGCAGCAAGCUGGGACCCAGGAAGGGAGGGAGCAGAUGGCAGCUCAGGCUAUGGGGCUAUUUUUACAUUUUGUUUUGAAACUCCAAUCUUUAAUUGCAGUGAUGAACCUUCAGGGUGAGAAAGGGAAUACAACACUUGCAAAGCCCUGCCCUGAAACACCCUCGUCUUCACACCAAAUGUGCAGAGCUCGAACCAGGGCAACGAGUCCUGCCCAGACUGUGGGGAUGGAAUUCUGGAAACCAUUUUAAAAACACUCUAGCAGAUCAGAGCUGGUUUCUGAGGGGGACCAAUAAUCACCUGGUGUCUGAACUGUAGCCACUUCAGGUGUCAGUCAGAUCUUGGGACUAUUGCCAAGUUCUCUUUCCAGGUCUGCCCAUGACCCCACAAAAAACUGGGAUGAGUCACCUGUCCUGGGCUGUAUCCUUUCCUCUUACAAAGCAGAGGAAAAUCUAUUCCCCAGGAGGCCUUGAAGCUAAAGCAGGGUUUGUGAAACAUUUUGGGGUGAAAGAUGCUAAGAAGAACCACAAGAAGUAUUUUAUCAACUACAAUCCACAACUUCUGGUGAGAGAGAGACAGAUCUCCAGACCAUCAGUUCUCCAUUCACACAUCAGGGCAGCCAGGAUGUGGAGAAUAAAAAGCACAUGCUGUAUAUUUUUGUACCAGUAAUAAAACAUUUACUAGAGCAAGCAGAAAGUAAAUGCACAGCUGAUAAAGAAAACAUCACAAUGUCACAAAACCCUGACAGCUUCUGGUACAUCUUCCAGUGGAAACGAGCCAGCGGUGGGUGCUGACAUGUCCCAACUGAAAAGUUCUUCCCUACCUUGUGGCAAAAAAAAAAUAAAAGUUAAAAAAUGGGAAUACACACAACGAGUUAAAAAUGAGCAAGCAAGAUUUUACAGAUUUACUACAUGUGUCCCAAACAGGGCCAGAUUUGAGCUGUUUCUUUUCAUUAAUUGUUUCCUGGGUUCUCCCUAAAGGCUUCUGAGCAACAGAUCCCUGAAUUUCUGAAUCUUCUUUUAGCCACACUUCCUGGGGGGCUCCAGCCUCUGAUUGUUGUGUAUCUACAUUGUUUUCCCUUUUUUGUUUUUAAUUUGAAAGCACUCAACCCUCUCAGAACAGAGGGUGCAUAGGCACAGCAGAGACACAGGUUUGCUAUGCAGGCUUCCACCAGAAUGUGGGAUGUUAGAAAACAGGAGGUUCUUCAUAAGAAAUAAAAUAUCUGGGCAAUGGGAUUGGAAUUGAAGUACUGACCACAAACAAGCCAGGGAGUCCAACCUACACUACAACUGAAUUUGUGGUUUGGUGGGAUGGAGAAGAAUCCCUUGAACAGCUACACACACACACACACAUACACACACACA